CAUAUCAGCUGUCAAAUGGUCAAAACUAGAUGUAAAUACCUACCUAAGUACUUUUUCGAUUAUAAAUUAUACAUAAAAUAAACUAUAAUUUAUAAAUAUAAAAACAUUAAGCAUUUAAGAAAUUCGGUUAAGCAAUACCAUAGGGUUACGGUGAUACAGUAUAAAGAAUAAUACCUAUUCAAGAUAUUUCAAGUAAUAACCACCAGCUCAGAAAGCUUACUCACAUAAAAUAAAAAUCUAAAAGCUCUAUGUUAGAUCUAUACAUAUUUCCCCUUUUUUUUCUAAACAAUAAAAAAAUACUUAUUAUGUGUGUAUUAAAUUGAUGUAAGUUUAAGGUAUUUGAAUUAGAAUGUAGUGAGUUCAUGUGAAAAGUGAAAUAAAAAUUAAGGUUGAUAAAUUAUUUUGUAAUAUAAUUGAAAUGUCGAGCAAUUCUCUAUUAUUUUCUAUAAAUAAUGAAGGUAAAGUGUACGCUCUGUCAACCAAUGGCUCUUGUUGGAGGGAAUUUAUGUAUCUUGGUCUGGAGUUCAAAACAUUAUCAGCUGUACCCCACUUCCUAUGGGCAGUCGGAGGUGAUCGCCAAAUUUACUUACAUGUUCAUGGAUUGGAAAUACCAAUUAGAGUGAAAGAAGAAUCUUAUGAAAAUGAACGUUGGCUACCUCUGGAAGGAUUUAGUGGUAGGAUGUUACCUACAGACCGUUAUCACUUUUCGUCUCAGGAUGGUACCAAAGACAGAUCUAUUGACUGUAUUAGAUUGCCAUCUAUGGCUUGGCAAUGGGAAGGUGAUUGGCAACUUGAGCUAACCUUAGAUGGUCAACCAUUAGACCAUGAUGGAUGGAGUUAUGCAGUUGAUUUCCCAGCUCAGUUUGGACCAGUCAAACAGUGGAAAUCUUGUGUAAGAAGAAGGAAAUGGAUAAGGUAUAGAAAGUUCAGUGCUAUGAAUUCUUGGUGUGCCAUUGCACCUCUUCAUAAAGAUCCAACCCAAGAACCUUUUAUUGAUGUGAGUAUUGGAGGUAAUCAUAUACCAUAUUCUUCUCCAGGGUCUUUAUCUGUCUGGGCUAUCACUGCUCAGGGAAGGGUUAUGUACAGAUCUGGAGUAAGUACUACUUCACCUGAAGGAUUAAAGUGGAUAAAUGUAAGCAUUCCUCCAAACUGUGAUAUAAAGCAAAUUUCAGUUGGUCCAACAGGUUUAGUUUGGGCAUUGCUUUGGUCUGGAAGAGCCAUUAUACGAAAAGGUAUUACUAAAGAUUCACCAAGUGGAGAAGCGUGGUUGGAAGUCAAGUCUCCCAAUGAAGCAAAAUUAUCUGUUAUAUCAGUUGGCCAUAAUGUUGUGUGGGCUGUGAGUUCAGAUACAAGGGUUUGGUUCAGAAAAGGUAUAGAUGGCAAUGCUGCAGGCACUUCUGAAUCAGCUGCUAUGGGAAGUGGAUGGCUAGAGGUGAAUGGUAAUAUGGUUCAUAUUUCAGUUGGUAUAAAUGAUCAAGUAUUUGCUAUAGGAGGUUCAAACAAAAGUAUAUAUUGGAGAAGUGGUAUUACACCAGCUGAACUUACAGGCAAGAGAUGGAGAAUGGUUCAAGCUAAUAUGCAAGUCAGUCGAACAUCCAGCUCAGCAAGCAUUAUCUCAUCUGCAUCAAAUCAAAAACAUCAAAGUUUAAAUUUACUUAAUGAAAAUACAACUGAGCUUAAAUCUAAUAUUAACUUAAAAAAUUCUUGGGAAGAAUCACACUCUGCUCCCAUAGAGAACACUCUGCCCCUUAAACCUUCAAAAGAAUUAAAGCAAAAAGCAAGCAUGAAUGUAGAGAAUAUAGAUUUGACUGGUAAAAGCUAUGAAACAACAUUGAAAAAUCCUAGAGCUUGGAGCCCUGUUCGUAGUGUGGGUUCUGUGGUUGGAAUGGAGGCUCAACCUGAUAGUGAUAGCAGUGUAUUUGAUCUGGAUUCUGGCAUGUAUUUUGAUGAAGAAGUGAGUCAAACAGCAUGGGGUACAUGUGACACAGCAUGGAGCUUUGUUGACGCAGGAGCUUGUCUUGUGGAUGCCAUACAACCACCUCACUGGUUUACUGAUUCACAAAAUGUGCACAAUACAGACAUAGUAGCCAGAUGGAGAUUUCAAAUAUUAGAUGAUUUAAAAGCAAGAAAUACUUUAAACAUUGAUCUCACCAAGUUUGGUGUAGCUAUUGAAGAAAAGGGUUGGACUCGUAGUUGUGAGGCAAGAUUAGUUAAUAUAAAUAACUCUAGUGAAGACUGCAUAAUUUCACUUUACUGGCAUUCUUUAGAAAAUACAGGAACACUAUCAGUAUUUCAACCCGAUGGUACAAUAAAAUUUAUCUUCAAUUUGGGAGAGGUUACUAGUAUUACUACAUCAUCUGAACCAGGCAACCCUAGAAUAUCAAUUACCAUCCCUACACAAAAUACACAAAUUUUAAAAAUACAGUUUAUCUCCGAAAUGGAGCAAGAAGAAUGGCUGAAUGUGUUGGUUGAUAUCACAUCACAAAUACAUGGGGUGUCCGGAAGACCUUCAGUCUGUUCAAUCUGGGUUGUUACUAAUUCAGGAGAUGUUCUCAACUGGGAUCCGGCGCCAGCACAAUUGAUGGCUGAAAAGAGUGGUAGUUACACUAAAGAGUUUCAGGUGUUCGGGAAAGACAUACAAAAGGGAUUUAUGACAACUCUGCACAACAACUUUCCAUCAGGCAGUACUCUUAAAAUAUCUGGCUGUUUGUUUGAUGAUAUAAGCCGGUUUCAUAUAAAUUUACAAGGACCAGAAAUUCAAAAACAAAGGCAUAAAAUUGAAAGUGAAGUUACGGAAAUACCAUUUCACUUUAAUAUGCGAUUUGAUGAGGGUGUAGUUGUGUGCAAUACAAAGAAAUCUGGACAGUGGGGGGUGGAAGAACGUUAUCAAUUGCCAUUAAAACCAGGCCAAGAAUUUACCAUAAAAAUGAUUUGUGAUGAUGCUGGAUUUACUGUCAUUGUAAACGAGGCAAAUUUCUGUUCUUUCAAACAUAGACUAAGUUCGGAAACUAUAACAUCAGUAUUAGUAAUGGGAGGUUUGAAAUUGUACACUAUGGAGUAUUCUUCUACAAGUGUUAUAAUUGGACCUGAUGAGAUGUUUUGGCAAUUAAUGGGCGGCUUUUUACGAAAGGUUGAAUGUUGUUCAAAUACUGUGGUAUGGGGCAUAUCCCAUGAUCAUAGAGCUUGGGUUUAUACCGGUGGUUGGGGUGGAGGAACAUUAAAAGGUCUUGGCAGUAAUGAGGGUAUACACUCUAUGACAGACACUCAAACAUAUUGCGUUUAUGAAAAUCAAAGAUGGAAUCCCUUAACUGGAUACACUUCAACUGGUUUACCAACUGAUAGAUACAUGUGGAGUGACAUAACAGGAAAGCAUAAGCGGACCCGCGAGCACACUAAAUUACUCAGCAGACAUUGGCACUGGAUAUCGGAGUGGAUGAUAGAUUAUAGCACUCCCGGCGGUGUUGAUAGUGACGGAUGGCAAUACGCGACAGACUUCCCAGCGCCUUACCAUGGCAAGAAAAUAUUCACAGAUUGUGUACGACGGCGGCGUUGGUACAGAAAAGCUCAAAUUCACACAGAGGGACCCUGGGUUCGCGCGGGUUCUACAGCUCUACUUGAUAUAUCAUUAUGGGCCAAUGACAAAGAAAUAUCUGUAUGGGCUGUCACAUUGGGUGGAGACGCCAUUUAUAGAACCGGUGUUACCGCAGCAACUCCUGCUGGACUCCAUUGGGAACACGUAAAUAGUCCUCAAUCCCUCAUAGCGAUAAGCACAUGCAACAAUAUAAUAUGGGCUGUCGGGAGAAAAGGAGAGCUUUAUUACAGAGAAGGUGUGACCAAAGAAAAACCAGGAGGUGCAAAUUGGAGGCUCAUCGAGGCGCCUAAGUGUAAUUAUCCUUAUGGCCAACAUAAGAACGGCAUUGGCGCUAAGCUGGUUUCUUUAACCAUGUCUUCAGCCUGGGUCCUCCUCGCUAAUGGGAUCCUGGCUGUAAGAACUGAUAUUUCACCAAUGCAACAAGGUGGCACGCAUUGGAAAUAUCUAACAGAUUGUGAUAUAACAUACAAGCACGUGUCGUGUAUGGGGCAGGAGGUGUGGGCGGUGCGAGCGGACGGCACGCUGCACCGGCGGCUCGGCGUCACCGCAGAAAACGUGGCUGGUAUCGCUUGGCAGCAAAUAUUAAACAUUCCUUUAGUUUAUGUAUCUGUGAGAGGCUGAUUUUAAUUUCCUUAUUUGCUCAUAUAGAUAUUAUAAUAAUAUAUAAAUAUGUUAAGUGUAUUCUAAAUUCUUUAUUUAGCUUUCGCGGUUUUUUUCGCACAAGCAAUAACAAUAAUUAUAGUAGGUACUUAAUAUUUAUUAAGAGAAAGCUAUUUACUUUUUUCCGUAGUUUUAUUUUCAGAACUGUGUUUGUCUUAUUCGUAUUGUAAUAAUUAUUGUGAAAUAGUGAUAUAUUUAACUAGCUGCUCCGCGCGGUUUCACCCCCGUGGCUCCACUCCUUUUGGUCGUAGCGUAAUGAUAUAUAGCCGACCUUCCUCAAUAAAUG